AUGGGAAAAAAUAAGUAUUUGGAAGAGAAGACACAGAGCGAUGAGGAGGAGACGGUAUGUUUUGUAGGGUUUGUUGGGUUGGCUGUGCUGUAGAUUUACCCCUGCCUCCCAUACUCUCCUACCCACUAUCACCUAUCUUAUCUUGCCCCUACCCUACCAUAUGCUACUUCGAAUUCAGCCUUUAUAUCUGUUUCUAACACUAUUCUUACCUAUAUGUUUCACUAAAUAAUGUGCCUUCAGAACGUUGAUUCAACAUCUUUCUUUGACUACCUAUUGGGAAUGAACUACUGGAAGAUAUCUGACGAAGAAAUGACAAGAUUGGAAGCGGAAAAAGACAAAAAACAAAGGGAAUUGGAACGGAUUAAGGCACAGGAUUGGAGAAAACUGUGGGAAAUCGAAUUGGACGCUUUCUUGGAUGAGUAUCAUCGACAGGUGAGUUACUGUAUUUUUGUGGGGCACUGUAGAGUAAGUUUGGCACGUCAGAGGUAGCUAGAGUACUGUAGGGUUUGAUACGGUAACGGUAGGGCACUGUAGGAUAACGUAAAGUAGGACAGGGUAAAGUUGGGCAGGGUAGCGUAGGGUAGGGUAGGGUAAAGUAGAGUAGGGUAAGGUAGGGUAAAUUACUGUAGAGUAAGGCAGGAUAGGGUAGAGUAGGGUAUAUUAGUUUAUGGUAUAAUGGGUAGAGUAGGAUAGGCUUUGUAAGACGAAGAGUUAACUGUGAUAAACUACAUUUUGACCGUAGUAAAACAUGCAUUUAUAGGAAGAAAAGCUCCAAAAAGAAGAAAUAGAAGCCAACAAACAAAAUGUGGACAAAGUCCAACCUUCCCAACGUGGCACUCGCAUAGUACCGGACUAUUCAGCACCUGUUCACUAUCCGAAAUCAAAACGAAACGAAAUGGACGAAGAUGUUCUAGUAGACGAAGAAGUCGAUUUACAACAGCUGGAGAAUACAGAUGAAUAA